UCUCCUCUCUAUCCAAUUUGCGUAUACCGUUUUGCUCUCCUCUCUAAAUUCAACUCCAACUUGAUCACUCUCUCAGACUUCCUUCUCCUUCCAGCUCUCUGAAACUUGAAAAUGGCGAACGACAUUCGCUUCUUUGAGUUGAACACCGGAGCCAAGAUGCCGUCUUUGGGCUUAGGGACCUGGCAGUCCAGCCCCGGCUUGGUCGGUGAAGCCGUCGCCACCGCCAUCAAGGCAGGAUAUAGGCAUAUUGAUUGUGCUCAAGCCUAUGGCAAUGAGAAAGAGAUUGGUUUGGUUUUGAGGAAGCUGUUUGAAGAUGGUGUGGUGAAGCGCGAGGAAUUGUGGAUUACCUCCAAGCUCUGGUGUACGGAUCAUGCACCGGAAGAUGUACUAGAGGCAUUGGAUAGGACUUUGAGAGACCUGCAGCUUGAAUAUAUUGACUUGUACUUGGUAUGUAUUAAAAAUUCAAAACUUAUUCCCAUGUUAGGUGCUUUUGAAUUUGGUUCAGGACGGUCUGCACAUGGUUGAUCAGAUCACUCACAGGGCUUUAAUAUAGAUAAGUCAUGCUUAGUUCAGGGUUUAAUCUGCAUUUUCCAAAAGAUAUGGAUAAGACCCUGGGAGACUUGCAGCUUGAUUAUUUGGACUUGUACCUGGUAUGCAUUGCAUGUUCAAAUCUCGUUCGCAUGUUAUGUCUCUUGGAUUUUUG